AUGAGACAAAGUACCAUAGUUAAAUCGCCAAAAUUCAAGAAACAAAGUGUAAAUAAGGUGGAAAAUGGAGCUGAAUCUAAACCUAAUUACUCUUCCCUCUCUUCUUUAAGCUUCAACGAGAACUCAGACAAUGAUACCGCCGCGCCAACGGCGGCCGGUACUCAAUGGCGAUUACAACCUGCAGAUUCGUCUUCAUAUCUUCCUCAUCAUCUUUCCUCUCCCCGUCAACGAACUUCGAUUCGACUGUCUCGCUCUCUCCUCCGCUUUGCUUCAAAUGGCGUGACUCUGUUCUUCUCCGAUCGAAACAUAAGGCCGCCUUUUCUUAUUCAUCUCAACUCACAAGAUUCGAUCAUAAUCAAAUUAGAAUAUUAA